CGCACUUUCUCUCUCUAAAAUUCGAACCAUCACAUUCUCCUCGUUUCUCACUCUGUACAAAACUGCAACCAAUACAACUAUCUCAUUCCUCUCUAGACUCUAGUUCCUCUCGUUUCCCCAUUCUCUCUCUCUCCAUGACAACAAUGGCAAUCUUACUUCUCUUCUUUCUCUCUCUACAACCUCUCACUCUCUCUCUGAACCAAGAAGGCAUCUAUCUGCAACGAGUCAAGCUCGGUCUCUCAGACCCAACCGGUGUUCUCUCCAACUGGAACGAACACGACGACACACCCUGUAACUGGACCGGCGUAACAUGCGACAACUCGGUGACUCGCUCCGUCGAAUCUGUCGACCUCUCCAACGCUUGCCUCGCCGGUCCGUUUCCAACCUUCCUCUGCAGCCUCCCUUCUCUCUCUAACCUCUCUCUCUUCAACAACUUCAUCACUUCGUCACUCCCUCUCAACAUUUCGGAGUGUAAGAGCUUGACCCAUCUCAAUUUGGCCCAGAAUCUGCUGGUGGGUCAGCUUCCGGACACGCUAUCUGACAUGCCAGAGCUCAGGUACCUCAAUCUCGAUGGGAACAAUAUCUCCGGCGACAUUCCGUCGACUUUUGGUCAUUUCCGGCGACUCGAGAGUCUUAUUCUUACAGCUAACUUUUUCAACGGUUCAAUCCCUGCGAUUCUCGGCAAUAUCACGAGUUUAAAAUUGUUGGAGCUAGCUUACAACCCGUUUGUGCCGAGUCAACUCUCUCCGGAGCUGGGUAACUUGUCGAAUCUGGAGAUUCUCUGGCUAAGUGGGUGUAACCUUGUGGGUUCGAUUCCAGAUAGCUUUGGGCAGCUGAGUCAACUCAAAAAUCUUGACCUGUCGAACAAUAGACUCAAUGGGUCGAUUCCGAGUUUUAUUUUCAGACUCACCAGUAUAGUGCAAAUUGAGCUGUUUAACAACUCGUUCUCCGGCAAGUUGCCGCUGGGAUGGUCUAACCUGAAGUCGCUGCGACGAUUCGACGCGUCGAUGAACCAGCUGGUCGGGACGAUUCCAGACGAGUUGUGCGAGUUACCUCUGGAGUCGCUGAAUUUGUACGAGAAUCAACUAGAGGGUUUCUUACCGAAGAGCAUAGCUCAGUCCCCAAACUUAUACGAACUCAAGCUAUUCACCAAUCACCUCAAUGGGUCGUUGCCGGUUGAGCUUGGCAAGAACUCGCCGUUGACAACCCUUGAUUUGUCCGGAAACCAAUUUUCCGGCCAAAUUCCGGCGAAUUUGUGCGAAAAUGGGACUCUAGUGGAGCUUCUUUUGAUUUCCAAUUCCUUUACAGGGAAUAUUCCAGCCAGUCUCGGCAAAUGCAGGAGCUUGAUCCGGGUCCGAUUGCGGACCAACGGUCUAUUUGGCGAAGUUCCAGAGGGCUUUUGGGGUUUACCACACGUAUAUUUGCUUGAUCUUGGUGAGAAUUCAUUUUCUGGAAGUAUCUCAGGCAUGAUAUCUGGUGCAAUAAAUCUUUCAAUACUUCACAUUUCAAAUAAUCAAUUUUCGGGUGUUAUACCCUCUGAAAUUGGAUCACUAGGCAAGUUAGUUGAGUUCUCGGGCAGCCAUAAUGAGCUAACCGGGAAAAUUCCUGCAACAAUUGUACAUUUGGGUCAAUUAGGGACGCUUGAUCUUAGUGACAAUGAGCUCUAUGGUGAAAUUCCGACCGGAAUUCAUUCUUUGAAGCAGCUCAGUGAGCUUAAUUUGGCAAAGAAUAAGUUAUCAGGCAACAUCCCGAGUGAAAUUGGGAGUUUGCCAGACCUUAAUUAUCUUGAUCUUUCCGAGAAUGACUUUUCCGGGAAAAUCCCACUUGAGUUGCAGAAUUUGAAGCUUAACAGGCUAAAUUUGUCUAAUAAUAAGCUUUCGGGGGAUAUUCCUCCUCUUUAUGCUAGAAAUGUUUAUAGGGAUAGCUUUGUGGGCAAUCCGGGCUUGUGUGGUGAUCUUGCUGGUCUUUGUCCUCUGAAAGGUGGAGGCAAAAAUCAAGGUUACUUGUGGAUACUGAGAUUGAUUUAUAUACUUGCUAGCGUUGUUUUUGUUGUUGGGGUGGUUUGGUUUGUGUGGAAAUACCGUCAUAUCAAGAAAAUGAAGAAAGGAGUCACUUUAUCAAAGUGGAGAUCAUUUCAUAAAUUUGGUUUUAGUGAAUUGGAAAUCCUUAAUUGCCUUGACGAAGAUAAUGUUAUCGGAAGCGGAGCUUCUGGGAAAGUCUAUAAAGCUGUGCUUAGUAAUGAUGAGGUAGUUGCAGUCAAGAAGAUAAGGGGAGGACCAAAGAAUGAUGACACGGGUGUUGGUAUUGAGAGAGAUGCAUUUGAAGUCGAAGUUGAAACACUGGGGAAAAUUAGACACAAGAACAUUGUCAAAUUGUGGUGUUGUUGCAAAACUGGGGAUUGCAAGCUUUUGGUGUACGAGUACAUGCCAAAUGGGAGCUUGGGUGACUUGCUGCAUAGUAGCAAGGGUGGUUUGUUGGAUUGGCCUACCAGGUUUAGGAUAACUCUGGAAGCAGCUGAGGGUCUCUCUUAUUUGCAUCAUGAUUGUGUUCCUCCUAUAGUCCACAGGGAUGUUAAAUCAAACAAUAUUUUGUUGGAUGGACAGUUUGGAGCUAGAAUAGCUGAUUUUGGAGUUGCUAAAAUUGGCGUCAACAAAGGGACGGAGUGCAUGUCUGCUAUUGCCGGUUCUUGUGGCUACAUUGCACCAGAAUAUGCAUAUACUCUUCGAGUGAAUGAAAAGAGCGACAUUUAUAGCUUUGGGGUAGUCAUUCUGGAGUUAGUGACAGGUAAACGACCAAUUGAUCCUGAAUUUGGGGAGAAGGACCUAGUGUCAUGGCUCUGCACCAGCUUGAAUCAAAAAGGAAUCGACCAUGUGCUCGAUCCCAAUCUCGAUUCCACUUACAAGAAACAAAUUUGCAGGGUUCUUGAUAUCGGUCUACUUUGCACUAGCCCACUUCCCAUUAACCGUCCUUCAAUGCGAAAGGUGGUGAAAUUGUUGCAAGAGACAGUGUUAGAUGACAAGACCAAGAUGACAAAGGAUGGAAAGCUCUCCCCUUAUUAUUCCGAGGACGCCGCGGAUGAAGUGCAGUUUGAGAAACCAAGUUGAAAAUUCUUGAUAACAAGAGAGAGAGAGAGAAUUUUCUCACUCAUUUGAGGUAUACCAUAGUUGCAGACAGAUUUUUAGUAGAGUGCAAUAUGCUCAUAUAAUUGUAAUAGUGAACUUUUUAUAUACAUAAUAUAUAUGGUUGUAGAACAAAAUGUAGUGAAAUUUGAAAGUAUCCCAAGAUUGUUUAAUGUUUUAUGUCA